AUGGACCGGCUGAUCUUCUCCCUGUUGGUGCUGGCCAUCUCCACUAGGGGGCAGCUGUGCCCCAAGCGCUGCAUGUGCCAGAACUUGUCCCCCUCGCUGGCCAUCCUCUGUGCCAAAACGGGCCUACUCUUCGUGCCCACCGUCAUUGACCGGCGCACCGUGGAGCUACGGCUCACUGAAAAUUUUAUCACAGCCAUAAGGAGGCGGGACUUUGCCAACAUGACUAGUUUGAUCCAUCUGACGUUGUCCCGCAACACCAUAAGCCAGAUCAUGCCUUAUACCUUCGAGGACCUCAAGCGGCUGCGAGCGCUGCACCUGGACAGCAACCGGCUGAGUGUGAUCAGGGAUGACCACUUUCGGGGGCUCACCAACCUUAGGCACCUGAUCUUGGCCAACAACCAGCUGCACGAUAUCUCUCCCCAUGCCUUUGAUGACUUCACAGGAACCCUGGAAGACCUGGACCUGUCCUACAACAACCUGGUUGACAUCCCAUGGGAGACGAUAGGUCGUCUAACCAACGUCAACACCCUUAACAUGGACCAUAACCUUAUAGAGCAUGUGCCCCAAGGGAUCUUCACCAACCUGCACAAGCUGGCGCGUCUAGACAUGACGUCCAAUAAGCUGAAGAAGAUCCCACCAGAUCCACUUUUUCUGCGCAUCCCUGUCUACGCUAAAGCCAAAGGAUCUCCUCAGUCUUCAUUGGUGAUGAGUUUUGGCGGAAACCCGCUACACUGUAACUGUGAGCUGCUGUGGCUAAGGAGGCUGACCAGAGAAGACGAUCUAGAGACCUGCGCCUCUCCUCCAGACCUCACAGCCAAGUACUUCUGGACUAUCCCAGAGGAGGAGUUCAUCUGUGACCCUCCAGUCAUGACUAGGAAGUCUGCCAAGACCUUCACCAUGGAGGGCCAGCCAACCAGUCUGAAGUGCAAGGCCAAUGGAGACCCAGACCCAGAGAUUCACUGGAUUUCCCCUGAGGGCCGUCUGAUCUCCAACACAUCAAGGACUGUCACCUUCAGCAAUGGUAGCCUGGACAUCAACAUCACCUCCUUGAAGGACGCUGGAACCUUCACCUGCAUUGCCUCCAAUGCGGCAGGAGAGUCCACGGGUCAGGUGGAGCUGGUGGUCAACCUCCUCCCCCACCUGGCCAACAGCACCAACCGGCUACGGGAGCCUGACCCUGGCCCUUCAGACAUCCUCACCUCGGCCAAGUCCACCACAGCCACGGGCAACGACACACGGAGGAACCAGGAGGGAAGGGUGCUGAUGGCGGAGCUGACAGCUAGCUCAGUGCUGAUCAAAUGGCCAUAUCAGAACCACAUCCCUGGGAUCAGGAUGUACCAGGUCCAGUACAACAGUUCCCUGGACGACACGCUCAUCUACAGGUGAGGGGGGAUAGGGAUCUAAACAGGGGUGAUGGAGAAAUGAAUAGGGGAAAUAGCUUCAGUCUCUUGGUUAGAUUGAGUUAAUAACUUUCAAAUGUGUUUUUGCAUUAAUGAGUUACUCAAGGUUGUAUGAUUAAAUUACAUUUUGACUCACAAACAUACAAUUACAAGAUAUCUAUCAGCUAAACAGUAGUAAUCAUAAGAACACCAGAAACAUUUCAUCUUGUACAAAUGUAUGUAAUUAUAAUGAGUUAAUAAUUAGGUGGCAAUUACUAAUCGUUAUUUGCAAGAGAUAAAAAGGUACCAUUUUUAGUUUUUUUGAGAAAACACGUUUUAGGCAUUUCUCUCCUUUGUUCUUGUUUCAAGGUUUGUUUUGAUUUAUUUUUUGUUUUGAUGCUUCCGUCAUUGCAUAUGCCAGGUCCAGCAUCAAUUUAUAUCAAUUUGUAGAGUUCAUAUCACUCUGAUAGAUGCUGAUGGACCGUUUUGUAACUCAUGAAUUAUUUUGGUUAUCAAAAAGUUUGGGUUUACAUUAAAAUCUCCUCACGUCGUCUUACAGAGCCUGGCCCAGGGCUCCUCACGUCAUCUUACAGGUCCUGGCCUAGGGCUCCUCACGUCAUCUUACAGGUCCUGGCCCAGGGCUCCUCAUGUCGUCUUACAGGUCCUGGCCCAGGGCUCCUCACGUCGUCAUGCAGGUCUUGGCCCAGGGCUCCUCACGUCGUCUUACAGGGCCUGGCCCAGGGCUGUAAGCAGGCGGCUUGGUUAGUUUUUCAGCUCUGAUCAAUGGCAGCGGUCACUAAGGGAGCAUAUUGAUUUGGGAUCUCAUUUAGGGCGUCCACGUCGAGAUUCUGGUGGCAAAUCUUAGUGACUGAAGAAAGGCGGAUCUGUCCCACUGUGGAAAAAGCACAGCCAAAGUGAGAGAAAGCGAGAACUUCACUUUCUUUGGUGUUUUCAAUCUUUGUUUCAGGGGAAACGUAUUCCCCAAGCGGAGUCUGUUACCAUGGGGAGUUGGAGGGAUGAUUUUGAAUGCCGAACACGUAGAGGAACAUUAUGCACAGAGAGCUUGGAUUGUUGUUUUUUUAGAACAGGUACACAGUCUAUAGACUGCUCUGAUAAACUCUCUCUCUCAGCAGAUAUUGUGGGGAGCCUAAACAAAUGAACAUGGCAGCUAAUUAACUGACUGGGACAAUAGGUGAAUUUAUCUAGUACUAAGUACUUAAACCUGGCUCCCUGAUCCUUGUUCCUCAUUGACUAGUUGUCUGAUUUGUUUAUUUCGUCUGUCCAGCAGUAAGCGUGCACGGAUGCUUGCAGACACACACGUAUGCACGCUGGCGCGUGCGCGCACACACACACCUAUGCACACACACACACACCUACACACACACACACACACACAAACACACACACACACACACACACACACACACACACACACACACACACACACACACAUACAAAUGCACACACACAGUUAUGUAAACCUAGCAUAUUAUGUAUCUUGCACUUGUCUACACACCCACUGAGGGGUAUGAGCACAUAGUACACUCAAAGGCAUUCAAUACACUAAUACAAACACACACCCACACAAACGAAGCAAGUAUGGUGCAUUUCUUAAACAGCUCAUCAUAAAAAACAUCUUUCUUUGUUUUGGAUGAAUCAGUGGUUUUGUUCGACUCUAGGGCAGCAACUAUUUCUUAAAUUCUGCCUCUGUCUUCCAUAUUGAUUUGGAAGAAGAGAAGAAUGUGCAUAAGGGACAUGUUUCGGAGACGAGGAGCUCAAGCUAACAACAACACCCUGAAGCUGUAAUUUAUAGAACAUUUUCUAAAGCUGUGCAGAGGAAUGGCGUAACAGCCACUGCCAGGUCCCAGUACACAACAUGCCGCAUCCCAAUAAUUAUUAAGAGCAAAUCAGUAUGAUGCCCACAGGAACUGUGUCGACCAAACGAAUGGUCCAUCCUGCCAGCUCACUACGCAUUAGGGCUAUGUCUGUCAGUACCAUUCUGCUGAUUUGGCCAACUGCAAAUGAGCUGCUGUUCUCUUUGGUCUGGACCAGCUCCUACUCAAAAUGUGUCCUUGAUCAUUUUAGGCAUUUCUGUAAAAAAAUAUAAAAAAAUAAACACGUUCCUUCCAAAUGUUUCUUGCAAAUGUUCAUUUCGGCCCAAUCGUACCCAAUAUGGCCUGAUAGUCCUUUCCUUCAUGACCACUGAUCUAAAAUGACUUGACAGAUGUAUUUGAUACAGUGUAAAUCAAUGCCCUCAUUUCACAUGUCAAUGGCCAAAAAUAAAAAGAGACUGUUAAAGGAAGGCGUCUGACAGUAUUGGGACAUAGCCCCUACCAUUCCUCUGAUGUAGGAAGUGAUUGAUAGUUUAUAUCAGACAGAUGAAGCUUGAAGCACCCGGGACCGGCUGUGAGGACCGUUGGGGUCCACUGUAUAUUUGCUGGCACAGUUACUUGGGCGGUGCCCAUCGAUGGCAUUGAUGGUGUCUCCAUGUGGGAUGUCACCAGGAAUCAAUGGGACCCAGCUGGACUUUGGCAGUAGUCACUCCUCCUCAACUCCCCUUAACGCCUCUACUUUACAGGACUAUUGGCCUCACUGACUCAUCCAAGCUCCUCUCAGUCCCUCUCUGUGGUGGGGCCCUGGCGAAUAAAGGCCCCACCACUAUAGAAUAG